AUGAAAGCAACUAUAUCAAAGACGCUGUAUUCAAUUGUUCUGCUUCUUGCUUUGUUGGCAUCGACCACGAGAGCAGAAGAGAGUUCCUUUAAGAACACAUAUGAUUAUUUGAAGAAAAAGUAUGAUGACCUGCCCGAGAAUGGAAAACUCGCCACUGGCGCCGUGGCCGGAUAUGGCGUGUCAAGAGUGGCCAUCAAGUCUGCCGUCACAGUCGUCAAGGUCGCUGGAGCUGCAUUUGUGGCAACUGAAGCCUUGAAUGCGGCUGGAGUUUUGGACGAGAUCAAGAUUCCAGACCAUUUUUCAUCUGAAAAAGAAAACCUGAAGCGACGAGCUCUCACCGCGGCCAAUGACUUCCGAAAUGGCGUUCGAGAAAAACUAAAGCCUGAAACGCUAAGACGGUUUAUGGAGACUGAUAGAAUGGCAUCAAUUGGCUUUGCAUCUGGUGCCUUCCUUGGUUUCGUCCUUUAA